CCCAAGUCUGCUAUUUUUUAUAAAUUCGUCAUUCCAACACGAUCCCAUUGUCAUUUUGAUAAAAGUUUGUAAUCUGCUAAAUUCAUAAUGGUCGAUCAGUGGUCGGUCAGUGGUCUCGUAAUGGAAUCGUGGCAGAAUGACAUUGUCGUAUUGCCAUUAUUAUAAAACCCGGUAGUAGAAAUGAUUUUCGAAAAACUACUACUAAAUUUUAACAUUUACUCAUGCCAGAUUUCAUUUUUAAACAUUUUUACAUAUUAUUUAAUAAUGUUAUAAGCAAUCUGAAGUAGUAAGAAGUUCGUAAAUAGCAAAAACAUUAAAAUGUGUAACGCGGAUAAAAGUGAAACUCAAUAAUGUUUUAUCUGUUUAGCUGUCAAAGUCAAAUGUGACAUUACUACUUGUUUACAAUUCUAGCGGCCGGUGUUUAGCUAUUUAUUUUCAUUGUGUUUUAUUUAUUUAUAAUAUUGAAAAAUGGUGCUAAUAGAGCAAAUUUCGGCUCUAAUUGAUUUUUUGGAAAACCACCAAGACCUGGCGCUUGGCUACUGCAGCCGCACCAAUGAAGGGCGAAGUUUAAGCAAAAGAUAUUGGAUGGAAUGCGCCCAAAUUUUAAAUUCCAUAUCGGUGGACUGCCCCAAUAAAACUCCCGCAGAAUGGCGCACAUUCUACAAUGAAUACAAAAGCAAAACCUUAAAGAAAAUUAAAUCACAGAAGAGUGAAAUAAGUGCAACAGCAUGGAACAGGAAAAUUUGGGUGAGCCAUCUACCACCGACCAGCCUUUGGGUCAGCCAUCUACCACCGACCAGCCUUUGGGUCAGCCAUCUACCACCGACCAGCCUUUGGGUCAGCCAUCUACCACCGACCAGCCUUUGGGUCAGCCAUCUACCACCGACCGGCCUCCAAAGCUAUGUUGUCCGAAUGCGUUCGACUCAAAUCAUCUUGUUCAUAUAAGUAGUAUGUAGAUGUGCACCGGCUGAGUGCUUUAUUAAGACUGGGAGAUGAGAAUCACUUGAAGAAUUGCGUGCUUAUAGAUCAAUAGUAAAAAUUUAGGUCAUAAUUUAUUGACUUGAUACAAACUACCAUUAAGAUUUUGUAUUAUUUUCAACAAAGAUAAACAUUUGAAUAAGAGCUUCAAGUUUCAACCAAAAGUUUAUAUUAGAAAGGAGCAUGAGUAAGACAACGUGGGCGAUGAUUGAUGCAAGGAUGUUUUAUAAACCCAAUAAAACGAAUAUCUUGAAU